UAUCCCUCGAAUGGGCAUAGAUUCACUGCAUCCUCCAGUGAUUCUCCUGGUCAUAGUCUUCUCGCAUCGUGAAAUCGUACUCUACGGUCGAUGAUCGUUUCACUUGAAGUUAAUUUCUUACUGUGAUACCGUGAAGAAGAGUUCAGAAAACAUUCACUGAAGCAACCGCAAAAGAGAAGUGUGUUACGACGUGAAAUCGCAAGAAGUUAUUCACAUUUAACGAAGACAAAGAAGAAAUCGCAGAGUGGAUCGUGCCUGAAUUUCAAGUUCAGUCCGAAGAGGCUCCUGGCCUCGACGAUACCUCGAUAAAAAUUGAAGUUCCAUCCGAAUAAACUUUGUGUCUACAUUGAAUUGUUCCACUGAAUUCAAUUAAAAGAAGAAGACUUGGAAUCAGUGAGACAGAAAAAAUGCGUAACCCAACUACGGAACAAAUUCUAAAGGAGGAAGAAUGCUUCGAAAUCAUUCAAAAAAAGCUGCACAGGGAUGCUAUGCAUGAUUUCUCGUUGAUCGGGUAUGAAGUGAUCCCCAUAGAUGAGGUGAACGGGUUCAUGGGACAGUAUUUCACGCUGAAAGCAACUGUGGCUUCAGAAUUUGAGACCAAGAACAUUAAUUUCUUCACCAAAUUGCCACCUCCUGCUACCAGUCCACAAUAUGACUUUAUUCAACAGUACGGAAGCUUCAAAAAAGAAGUAGCAUUAUACACCACGCUAUUUCCGGAAGUGCUAACGGACACAGUCGGCGUCGGGGGCAAGAAAAGCUAUAUACCCGAGUGUUUCCUGGGUAUAGAAGACGACGUAAUCGUUCUGGAGGACAUGGGCCACAACGGUUAUGAAAUGACCGACAAAUUAAAACCCUUUGACUUGGAUCAUUGCCAAAUUUUGAUGAGGACGCUGGCCAGGUUCCAUGCUAAGUCAAUUAUAUUCGAAGAAUUGUAUCAGAAAAGCCUACAGGACGAAUUCUCCCACUGCAUGGAAGAAACCUUAUGGCCGCUGAAGGAGGGCAGAUCGAAAUCGAUGUUCGACGCUGCGGUCAAAGGAAUCGUGUCUUUAAUAAAUAUGAUGCCGGGCCUCAAAGAGGAGGAGCGCGAAAAAUUUACCGUAAAGGUAAUCGAUAUGUGCGUGGAUCACGCUAAUAAAUUACUACCCUCGAUUAAACACAAGAACGUGUUGUGCCACGGUGACUUAUGGGCGAACAAUAUACUGUUUAAAUACGAUGUGGACGAGAAACCGGUGGAGUGCUGUUUGAUCGACUUUCAGUUGGCCAGGUACAACCCUCCGGCGCACGACAUUCUCUGCUUCCUCCAGUUCACAACCACUCGCGAACUCCGUGAGAAACACAGCACGGACCUCUACAAACUGUACCACGAGACCAUGUCCGAGGUCCUGCACGAAGCCGGGCUAGACGUCUCCGAGAUAUUCCCCUGGGACCAAUUUCUCGCCUCCAUCGAAGACCUGAGGGUGAUGUGCAUAGCCCACGGUGUUUUGAACAUACCCAUCAUGCUCUUGGAACCGACCGCGGCCAGCAAAUAUUUUUCAGAGCAACCUGAACUGUUGGAGAACGUUUUGUACGUCGAUAGGUCGCCUCUGCUUUGUGAACAAGUCGAAACGGUCCCUUCUUAUAGAAACAGGAUGAUGGACGCGUUACUAGAGUUGUACGAUCACGUUGUAAAUUGAAUUUAUAACAUUGUGUCUGGCGAAUGGAUUCGCAUAUUUAUUUAUACCGAAUAGGAAGAUUUUUUGGUAAACGACAUGAAUCGAUUUGAAAUCAGGAGGAUGGAUUAGAAAAGUAUUCAAGGAGUUGUGUAAAACAAAUACAAACAGUAUUACGUAUAGUAGACUUUUAA